CCUCACGGCAUACCGUUUGGAUGUACUACGAGGAAGUGGGAUUGAAUGCCGAUUUGGCUGUUUUGUUUUCUCUUUACACUGUAAUAGUUAGCUGUUACAGCAUAUUAGUAAAAUACAGACGCAUAUCGCUAGUGUUGUGCUGAUCGUUAUGUCUCAAGAUCCGUGGUUACAGAAUUAUGAUGCCACUUGCCGUCUCGCUCAGGAAAUUGCAGAAAAUAUUCAUGAGAGGAACAGGCAACAGAGAACUGGAGGGAAUCCCGCUAAGCUCAACAUGAACCUGAGAGCAUCUCUCCAGAGGCUGAAGCAGCAUGUGGCCCAGCUGAGAGAGACUCUUCUCAGGGCUGCAUCCUCGCGACGCAUAAUGCAGGCGGAAGCCGACAGAAGGCAGAACCUCGUGGAUGAUCUCGUCACGCGGGAAAAGCAGCUCAACGCCAUGUUCCGGGGUGAUGUCACAGAGCCAGAGUCUUCAAGGUCGACCCUGAUGACGGGGGGAGGGGCGCAGGGGGCCCCGGCGAACCCCUGGCUGAUUGACGAGCCGGAGGAGACGCGGGGGCUGGGCUUCGGGGAGAUCAAGCAGCAGCAGCAGCGCAUCAUCGAAGAGCAGGACGCCGGUCUGGACGCCCUGGCCGCGGUCAUCAGCCGGCAGAAGCACAUGGGCCAGGAGAUCGGUAACGAGCUGGAGGAGCAGAACGAAAUCAUCGACGACGUGGCGCGCCUGGUGGACAAGACCGACGACAGGAUCCGCAACGAGACGCGAAGGGUUAAGCUGGUGGAGACCAAGUCGGCCAACUGCGGGAUGCUGGUGGUGAUUGUGCUGCUGCUGAUCGCCAUUGUGGUGGUGGGUGUGUGGCCCACGGGCUAACGAGGAGGACCGUACCAACGGGGCGGGGGCCAAGGGGGGGCGUGGUGGUGGCGUGCCCCUUGACUGCCACAGAGACUACUGUGAAGACGUGGAACAGAAUAAGCCCCCCCCACCCCCACCCCCGUUCCUCACCCACAUCUCUUGACCCCGCCUCCCUCCCUCCAUCCCUCCCUCCAUCCCUCUCUCUGGUACUUUUUAUUCUCCUCUCACUCGAUUCAUGAAAGUGAAGGAAUUUGCAGCUGGGCAAACAAAAAGGUGGCGUGAAGCCUCACUGAGAAGCCAGCAUCAGUGUGUUUGGAACGGGGGGAGUGGGGGGUUUCGGGGGGGGGAGGGGGGCGAGUGGUGGUGACCCUCAUGACCUUUCUUUCUAAGCACCUUUUCUCUCUAGAAUGUACCUGGAUUCCAAUGUCAGGAUCACAUCUGAUCACAACCUCUCUUCCCAAAUUAUGUCUGCCCCCCGCAGUUUGGGUGUGUGGUGUGUGGCCAGCAUUGACAGAUGGGUAAUACCACUCACCACCUCAGCAAUAUUCACAAAUACUCACUCAGCAGUUGCUAUAAAUUAUUGCCUGUCCUGAAAUUUUAUAUUGUUUAUAGAGCAAAACCAGUAAAAAAAAGAAGAAAAAAAAGUAAUGUUUCUGUGCUGCUAACUUAACUUCUACUUUUCUUUACGUUGUAUUAUUGUAAUGGCUGUAACAUCUAAUAAAUGACAUUCGCACA